CUCGGUACUCAGUCUGAAAGGAAAAUUCGUGUGAAAAGGAUCCUCCGUCGUCUCCUUUGUGCAUAUUUUUAGCCAGCCUAUUUAACCAGUCAAGAGCAUCUCUCAGCUAGGUAGCAAACAUAGCACAGCAGAGAACUUUGUUAUUUUCUUCAAUUGUGCAAUUUUCAACUGAUUUUUCUUCGCGCUCUACGCCUAGAAAAUCGCAAAAUAGUGUGCAAUUUUUAAUUGACUGUUUGAUUUUCUGUUGUUUGCGACCAUCGUGAUUUGUGAGGAUCGUUCCUUUUGGGCUCAUUGACGAAGUGUGUAAAAAAACUAAGUUUUUCUUUUGCACUGAAAAAGGAAAACUCACAGCGAAACAAAGAAUAAACUUAACUGAUAGCAAUUGUGACGUGAUUCGAUUUUGUGUGGGGAAAAAUUCAGUCUCCAAUUUCAACAAAUUUGUGAAAAAUUUUCAACCUUUAAAAAGAAAAGAAAACUCAUCCCACAGUGUGAAAAAUAAAACCUAAAGCAAACAAAAAAGAGUAACCCUCAACUUCACCCUCGCGUCCGCGCAAAGUUGCUUAAAUGAGUGAUACAAAUCAGAAAUGUUUUGGAAAAACUGGUGGAUUCUCUAUAAAUUUUAAUCAAGACUAUACAUCGCUUUCUGUUGUAUCCAAGCAGGGAUACCGGCUGUUUUCACUCUCAUCCGUUGAUCGUGUCGAUGAAAUCUUCUGUAGCCAUGACGAGGAUACAAGAAUCGCUGAGAGGCUUUUCAGCAGCAGCCUGGUCGCGGUCGUUACCGCAAGUGAGCCGCACAAACUUAAGGUGUGUCACUUUAAGAAAGGGACGGAGAUCUGCAACUACAGCUACCCUACGGAUAUCCUGUCGGUGAAACUGAACCGAUCCAGGCUGGUCGUAUGCCUAGUGGACAGUAUUUAUAUUCAUAAUAUCCGUGAUAUGAGACUGCUACAUUCCAUCAACAACAUGUCGAACAAUCCGGCCGGUUUGUGUACGCUAUCGCUAUCAUCGCAUCUGGCGUAUCCGAUCUCAACGGCGGCCGGUGAGCUGCAGAUCUUCGACGCCGGGAAUCUGACUUCACGGUUGAAGGUCAAAGCCCACGAUUCGUCGUUGUCGGCGAUGAACUUUUCCUUCAACGGGACGCUGCUGGCAACGGCCUCGGAGAAGGGUACCGUGAUUCGCGUGUUCUGCGUGAAGAAUGGCCAAAAGGUGCACGAGUUCCGACGGGGCCUAAAGCGCCAUGUUAGCAUUGGCUCGUUGAACUUUAGCAUCUGUGCUAGCUAUGUGGUUGCCAGCUCUAAUACGGAAACCGUACAUAUCUUUAGAAUCGAUCCGAAGUCGAUCGAACAGGCGGAACGCCGCAACUGCAUUGACAACGGGUCGACGGCCACGAGCAAUAAUAACGACGGUGAGUCCGACGGUGGUGCCGACGGUGAUAAGUCGGAUGACGCCGCGAACGGCGGUUGGGGAAUGAGCUUCCUCACCAAAGCCGUCACAGCAUACUUCCCGACCAAUGUGGUCACGGAUGUGUUCUCGCAGGAUCGAGCUUACGCCACGGUUCAACUGGCUGAGGCCGGACUGCGUUACGAGUGUGUCAUCGCUAAGGUGGAAAAAGAGUCGCGUCUCCUGUUGGCGUGCGAGGACGGGUUCCUGUACAUGUACGAUUUCGACGACUCGAAGGGCGGAGAGUGCAAACUGAUUCGGGCGCAUGAUCUGCGCAUGCCACUGCAUGGAAUCACCGAAGUCGACAUCGGUGGCAACGAGAACGAUACCUCGGUGCUGAACGUGAAGAUGACCGCUUCGAUGAUGCCGGCACCGGGCACGUACGCCGGGGUCGUCAAGGGACGUCCCGGCGACAAGAUGUCGGCAGAUUCGGACCGCUGCCGGGAUCUGCGCGAGGCCGUCGAGUAUCCGAUCAAGAGUACCAUCCCGCUGUUCGACGAGAUCCAGUUCCCGCCCGUAACUCCAAUCACCGUUGAAUGACUAUCGAGCGACAUCAAGACGCCAAAAAUUAGUUCUCUCGGCAGUGGGGGUCGGAAGCGUCACGGCAAAUAAGCUGUGACUUUCUGUACCUUCCAUUCUCAAAGCAAACACACAACCGACAACCGAUCUAACUUGGACAGACUACGUCUAGAUGUGGAACCCUUCUCCCAGCAAAAAAAAACAUGCUUCGUGAUUUUUUUCGUUUUUUUGUCAAUGUACAGUUCUUAAGAUGUGUAUCUCUCUGUUAUUGCUUUUAAAGAAUCAUACUUUUGGUCUGUUAAGAUAUCGUUUGUCCUAUAUCUUCUAAUUUUAAGCUCAUUUUCUUGAAUAAACUUAACUAUUCCUACACAAAAAUCGGCUUAUUAGAAGAAGAAAAAAACAUUUGUUGCUCUAUAGAUUUCCAUGUAAUCAUAUCAAAUGCAUUUUAUUCCCUUUUCUAAUCAUAAUUAUUUCUAAAAUCUCAUUGUGCGGUAACUUGGGAUUUUAUAAAAGCAAAUAGCUACUGGAGGAAUAAAACUGUCCUUUCUUGAGUAAUCACACUAACACAUUUUCCGAACUAAAUUAUCACGUUCUAUUCUUUUUAUUAACUACAACACUGAAUGGCAGAAGAGCGUACAGGCAACGGAAGAAGUAGAAAAAAAUUCAGCUACUGCCAUACCGAAAAUCUAAAAAAACAUGCUUGUAGUGGAUAGUGAAAAACCCGAAAAAAUGAUACCAAAAACAGUAUAAAACUUUGUGUAAAAAUCUACAAAAAUACUCAUUGUUAAGUUAAAUUUAAGUUUUCAAAUGUAAAAUAUACGGAAAGAUGAAAAAUAUAUUUUCUUAUUUAUUAUUUGAUUCGAGUUGUAUAUAUCUGGAAAUUUUUUAUUCUUUUCCGUACGACAGAAAAUCCUGAUUAUUUAAAUUAGCUUAAUUUUACUGUCUCUUUUGGAAGCACAAGUCUAUAUUUCAAAUACAGAACAAAUAUUAAAAUAAUUAAACAUAAUAAAAUUUUAAGAAGUACCUUAUCUUUGAACGACAACAAACAAGCAAGUGGUAUUCCAUCCCGAUGCAUACGUUUACCCAAAAGGCAAUACAAACAGAUCGAAACCGUUGAGUAAAUGUAACCCAAACCUAUCUUGGAACGUAAUUAGAUCUUUAACAGAUUAAUUAUUUAUGAGUCAAACCCUAGCUGAAACAAAUAGUAGCAACAAGCAGAACGGCUUAGUAACAAUAAUUCUUUUAAUCUGGUAGUAGAAUUCAAUAAAAAUAGGUCCAAUCAUUGUUCUUCUUCUGCCAUGCGCUGAGUUUUCAAACUUGCACAGCCCCAUUAAGAGCCACAGCUAUUCGUGCGCAAUCACAACACCACUGAAUAAAGAUGUAAUUUCCAAAUAAUAUACGAUAUACGUUUUCGCGGAGACGAUUUAAAGGAGCGACAAAUGAAGCCAUCUUGUUAGGAAAGACAACCGAAGCCCAAUCGGAUCGGCGACGAUAAGCGUUAAGGAAAAUCCCGUUGAAGGUAACAUUACUACUGUAAUAGUACUAUGAUUAAAUGAGAACAUUGUCAAGCGAUCGUUUCAACGUGCUUAGAAGAUAAAGACCAUGUAUUUUCAGAGUUUCCGUGAUAAAAAAAUGAUUGAAAAAAUAUAUAAAAAUUCGUAUACCUGAUGACCAGCAAAAAAAAACGUAAA